AUGGCUGCCAGCGGGGCUGCCUGCUCAUGGUUUGCUCGAGUCGAUGAGGAAGAAAUUAAUCAGAUUAUAGAGGAUGCAAUACCUAAAAAUACGAAAAGACAAACAAGCUGGAGCAUUGCCAUCCUCAGAGGUCAGUAAAGCAAGCAAAAGCUUAUAUUAUUCGCCAUUUUUCCGUGUGUAAACAAGUGCUCGAAAAGUCCAAUUUUUUGUUGGUUGUUGCAUUCCUUGUCUUGUUCUCACAGCAUUUUAAAAUAUACUUAUCAUUCCUUUUACUGAAGAAUGGUUGCACUUGAGAUAUCCUUUCGAAGAGCUGGGAAAUUUAAGCAAAGAAAUACUAGCAGAACGACUAACAAAGUUUUAUCAAGAACUAAAACAAGACGACUGAAGAGAAUACAGCCGUUCAGCUCAUGUUGCUAUAAGAGCGGGAAUAAACCGAUAUUUAACUUCAGAAAAAGUAGGAAAAUUCAAUCAUAAGUGAUCCCAUUUUCAAGACAGCAAACAAAUCCUUGAAUGCGAAGCUAAAGAAAAUCAAGGAAUGUGUGGUUCGUCCAAAGUGAAGCAUCACUCGAGUAUCCCGCCUGAGGACAUACAAAAAUGUUACGAGAGUGGUAUUUUUGGAGACGACUCCCCUCUAUCGUUAUCAAGAGUGAAUUGGUUUAACAUAAACCUAUAUUUCUGUCGAAGAGGCAGGGAAAACCAAAGAAAAUUGUCAAAGAACAGUUUAAUUUUCAAGACAGAUGCAAAUAAAUGUUGAGUAUGUUGAAAUGGCCGAGCAAGAAAAAACAAAAAAUCAUCCUGGCGGUCUUAGCGACAAGGCAGACGAGGCGGACCCUAAAAUGUUUUCUACUGGUGAAAAUCACUGUCCUGUUCAGUACCUUAAAACGUUCAUUCAAGUUCUUAACCCUGUGGAAGAGGCACUUUUCCAAAGGCCAAAAAGUAACUUUUCCGCUAGCGACGAAAUCUGGUUUGAUGUCAACACCUUGGAAAAUAUGAUGAAAGAAAUAUCAAGUGCAGCUAAACUAAGCCAAAUUUAUACAAAUCAUUGUAUAAGGGCAACAUCGGUCACUUUACUUGAUAGAGCAGGAAUUCCAGUCCACCGUAUCAUGCAGGUCUCGGGGCACAGAAACGAGGGAAGCGUAAAAGUAUAUGCUGAAAGACAAACUUUACAACAACAAAAGCAAUGCUCUGAAAUCUUAGGGAAGCAAAUUCAAGUUACCUCAACUGAUCCAAUAGUUUCACCCACAAGACCAUCGGAACAAACAUAUAACAACAACAAAAAUGAAAUAAGAUAUCAAAACUCAUUUUCAAAUACAACCUCACCUAAAUUUGUUGACUUUGGAAAAGCAAGCUUUGAAAACUGUCAUUUUACGUUUAAUUAUAACUUAUCAAAAGAAAAGUGA